GAGGUCCGGAAAGGAGCAAUUAAUUAAAAGAGAGCGGAGAUUGUCGCCGGCGAACAAGACAACGGACGGAGGAUCGGAGGCGGAGCGCAAGAAGACGGUCCCUUCCUUGUCAGAUUCCGAACAAAACCCCCCAAACUCUUGGCUGACUCCUCAACGCUGCUUUAAGGAACGGAACAUUAAUUGAUCUUUUUCCAUUGCUUUGAGGUGCUUCAGUUUGAAUCUGAGCUGGUUUUGGUCUUUGGUUGCCUUAUUGGAGAGUGUGAGAAGUGCAUGGGCCAUGGCGGAGGAGCCGACGGUUGGCGAAGAUAGCUGGAGCAGGUUAUGGCGAGGCAUUUUCGCCGUCACAGGCAUCAUGACGACGCUCGUCAUCUACGGUGUUCUGCAGGAAAAGAUCAUGAGGGUACCUUAUGGUCUAAACAAGGAGCCUUUCCGGUAUUCACUCUUCCUUGUUUUCUGCAACCGCAUCACAACAUCUACAGUUUCUGCAGCUGUUCUACUGGCAAGUAAGAAGGCCUUGGACCCUGUUGCUCCUAUUUAUAAGUACUGCCUUAUAUCAGUAUCAAAUAUACUAACCACAACAUGUCAGUAUGAGGCUCUAAAGUAUGUCAGUUUUCCUGUUCAGACACUAGCAAAGUGUGCGAAAAUGAUACCUGUUAUGGUCUGGGGAACUGUUAUCAUGCGAAAGAAAUACAAAGGACCUGACUAUUUGUUAGCUUUUCUGGUGACAGUGGGCUGCUCAAUAUUCAUUUUAUAUCCUGAUGGUACCGACAUUAGUCCAUACAGGAGAGGAAGGGAGAACACCAUCUGGGGCGUUUCCCUGAUGAUCGGUUAUCUUGGGUUUGAUGGUUUUACUAGCACAUUUCAAGAUAAAUUAUUUAAGGGCUAUGACAUGGAGAUUCACAAUCAGAUUUUCUACACAACUUUAUGUUCCUGUUUUCUCAGUUUCACAGGUCUUGUAUUACAAGGACAUCUCAUUCUGGCCAUUGAUUUUGUUUAUCGCCAUAAUGAUUGUCUGUGGGACAUUGUCAUGCUCUCAACAGUAGCAACUAUUAGUCAAUUUUUCAUCUCUUACACAAUUCGCACAUUCGGUGCCCUUACCUUUGCCACCAUAAUGACAACGAGACAGCUGGUGAGCAUCUUCUUGUCGUGUAUCUGGUUUGGUCAUCCCCUGAGCUAUGAGCAGAUGCUUGGAGCUGUCAUUGUCUUUGGUGCCCUGUAUUCGAAAAGCUUCUUGAGAAAGCAGCCUCAAAAAGCUCUCCCCUCGGUUCAAAUGGAAAAUGUUCAAAUGGAAACUGGAUUCGCAGCGAAGUGAAUAUCUCCGGCAAAACCUUACUCCUUGUUAUACUCUCUAACCAGGUAAAUUUUUGGAGCCACUGAGAAAUCUAAGCUACUCAUGUAGUCUGUGACGAGACUGACAGGACAACACUAAAAUUUGAGCUGGAGUUCAUAAUACGGCUCUUUAGGGCGCAACAGCUUAGACUCGGGGACAAUGAGAUUAAGUUAUAGAUCGACCGAGGUACAGGGGAUUUGGGGUAUUGCGUUUUGUUUUCUUUCUGUUUCGUUGUUUUGUGCGAGGUUAGCAUUAUGUCUUCUGUAUCAUCUUGUACUCAGAUUGAUGAUGUAAGUCUUCCACAUACACAAUUUCUUGCUGUUUGGGCUUUUCGGAUGUGUCGUGCCUAAAACAGAAGUUUGCUUCUCUUCGAUACAAAUUGGAAUUGGUGGGUCCAAUCCCUAACUAAUGAAGGGUUGUUUUGUUUUUCUGCUUCGGCCCA